AUGGCACAGCAAGCUGUUCAAAUGUACCAGGACUCAAUCACCUGUUCAAUCUGUCUGGAUCUACUGAAGGAUCCGGUGACUAUUCCCUGUGGACACAGCUACUGCAUGAGCUGUAUUAAAGCACACUGGGAUGAAGAGGAUAAGAAGGAAAUCUACAGCUGUCCUCAGUGCAGACAGACCUCCACACCGAGACCUGUCCUGAUGAAAAACACCAUGUUAGCAGAUUUAGUGGAGGAGCUGAAGAAGACUGGACUCCAAGCUGCUCCUGCUGAUCUCUGCUGUGCUGGACCUGAAGAUGUGGCCUGUGAUUUCUGUACUGGGAGGAAACUGAAAGCCUUCAAGUCCUGUCUGGUGUGUCUUGUCUCGUAUUGUAAGACACACCUCCAGCCUCAUUAUGAAUCUGCUGCAUUUGAAAAACACAAGCUGGUCGACCCCUCCAAAAAGCUCCAGGAGAAGAUCUGCUCUCGUCAUGAUGAGGUGAUGAAGAUGUUCUGCCGUACUGAUCAGCAGAGUAUCUGUUAUCUCUGCUCUGUGGAUGAACAUAAAGGCCACAACACAGUCUCAGCUGCAGCAGAAAGGACUGAGAGGCAGAGAGAGCUCGAGGUGAGUCGACUAAACAUCCAGCAGAGAAUCCAGGACAGAGAGAAAGAUGUGAAGCUGCUUCAACAGGAGGUGGAGGCCGUCAGUCGCUCUGCUGAUAAAGCAGUGGAGGACAGUGAGAAGAUCUUCACUGAGCUGAUCCGUCUCAUCCAGAAAAGAAGUUCUGAUGUGAAGCAGCAGAUCAGAUCCCAGCAGGAAACUGAAGUGAGUCGAGUCAAAGAGCUUCAGGAGAAGCUGCAGCAGGAGAUCACUGAGCUGAAGAGGAAAGACGCUGAAUUGAAGCAGUUCUCACACACAGAGGAUCACAACCAGUUUCUACACAACUACCCCUCAGUGUCACAACUCAGUGAACCUACAGACUCAUCCAGCAUCAAUAUCCGUCCUUUGAGAUACUUUGAGCUUGUGACAGCAGCUGUGUCAGAGCUCAGAGAUAAACUACAGAACAUCCUGGAGGAGGAAUGGACAAACAUCUCACUGACAGUGACUGAAGUGGACGUUUUACUUCCACACCCAGAGCCCAAGACCAGAGAUGAGUUCUUAAAAUUUUCAAGUGAAAUCACACUGGAUUCAAACACAGCACAUGCACGUCUGUCAGUAGAGAAUGACUACACAAUGGCAACACUCUUGAGAGAAGAUUCGUAUUGUUAUAGUGGCUAUAGUGAUAGUGAUAGUGAUAGUGACAGAUUCACUCGAUUUGUUCAGGUCCUGAGUGAAGAGAGUUUGACUGGACGUUGUUACUGGGAGGUGGAGAAAGGUCCUAAUUCCUCCAUAGUAGGAGUGUACCUGAAUCACAGAGCAGUUGGAAACACAGUUGAGCUGUGUGAGCUUGAUUAG